AGAAAGAGCUAGAGGUACCCAUCUCACACAAUGGUGUUGAAGGGUUGGUACAGCCAGAUGAAUCGGAGUCGAGCGACUACGAGAGUAAAGGUACGUAUGGUGAAUUUGAGUAUGAAAGCGAGGAAAUGGAAGAAGAAGAAGGCUACUAUACCAGGGAGCGAUCAGGAGAGGAGACCACUGAUCAGGAGAGUGUGGCGAAAGAAACCACUGAUCGGAAAGAAGCACCCCCAUCAGAGGUGGAAACCGAGGAAAUGGAGAUCCCUAGUCCCGCUAUAUACUUAACCGUUCUGGAGGAAAGGAAGAACGAGGAGAAGUAG